AUGUUUAUUUAUGCACUAAUGUUUAAUGAAAGUAAAAAACGAAUGAUGGACGAUUAUCAACAGUUAAAAAGUAAAUAUGAAAGAUUAUGUGUGGAAUUCAAAAAGCUUCGUUCAAAGUAUAAAACGUUUAAAGACAAUGAAAAUGAAUUAAACCAACAACUACAGGAGAAACUAAUACAAAAAGAUUUAUAUAUUGAAAAAUUAAAACAAGAAAUUGAACAAUUAAAAUUAAACAAUCAUAAUAUUUCUAUUAAUGGGCUUACAAAUGAAAAUUCAACAAAAUUAUCAUUAUUAUUAAAUAAUAUUAACAAGGAUAAUGAUCAUUUAAGUCUUAUUGAUACUGUCAAUGUAAAUGAAGUGGUAAAGAAAUCUAUCAUUACUCAGGAAGUAAAUAAUAAUUUGCAUCAAACGACACUAUCAGAUGCUUCUUAUACACCUAUUCAUAUCACAAAACAUAAUUCAUUUCCCAUGGUAACUAAUGAUAAUUCAACAAAUUCGAUUCUAUCAUCUCCCACUGAUAUUUGUCAUGAUAUUAUUGUGGAUACCUAUAAUAAAUCAUCCAGUUUAAAUUUACUUCCAUCUAAAUCUUUAUUAUCAUCAUUAUCAUCAAAAUUACCAUCUUCAUCUUCAUCAUCAUUUCUAUCUGAAGAUACAUUAAUGAUAACAAAUACAACAAUAUCUAUCCCUACAACUUCUACUCCUAGUACUACUACUUCUAUUACUACUAGUACUACUACCACUACUACUCCUAUUUCUACUCCUAGUACUACUACUACUACUUCUACCCCCAGUACUACUACUUCUACUUCUACUCCUAGUACUACCACUACUACUACUUCUACCCCCAGUACUACUACUUCUACUUCUACUCCUAGUACUACUACUACUACUACUUCUACUUCUACUCUCAGUACUACUACUACUACUACUUCUACUCCUAGUAUUACUACUUCUACUCCUAGUACUACUACUCCUAUUUCUACUCCUAGUACUACUACUACUACUACUACUUCUACUCCCAGUACUACUACUACUACUUCUACUCCUAGUAUUACUACUUCUACUUCUACUCCUAGUAUUACUCCUUCUAUUUCUACUCCUAGUACUACUACUUCUACUCCUAGUACUACUUCUACUUCUACUCCUAGCACUACUACUACUUCCACCUCUACUCCUAGUACUACUACUACUUCUACUCCUAGUACUACUACUACUACUACCCUUAAUCUUUCAUCUUCUUAUGAUCAAGAUUGGACAUUCAUUGUAAAUACAGAAGAGAAAUUAAUUGAACAAUUUGUACAAUUAUUAAAUAAUUGGAUCAAUUCAUUAAAAACAAAUCAAAAUUUAUCAUUUAUAAAUAAAGAAAAAAUAGAUCCUAUUCUUAUGAAUCGUAUUACACAAUUAGAAAGUCAAUUAUGCGAAAUUUCAUUACAAUAUCAAUUGGAACGUAAACGUCGAUUAAAAGAACAAUUACAGUCCGAAACAAAAGACGACGCUAAGCCUAUUGUUCACAAUAGUCAGGUGAGUGAUUCAAACGAUCCUGAGCAAUUAUCUAAUAGUAGUAAUGGAAAAUCUGAUGAAACUCCUAAUCCACACAAAGUAAUAAUGAAACGUUUACAUAAAGCUAUUGAAGAAUCAAUUUAUUUCGCUUCAAGAGCUAAUCUCUUACAGGAUGAAUUAGAAUCUCUUAUCCCAUGGAUAUUACAACUUCUUCAUUUACAUCAAAAACAACAAUAUGAAAUGAAAACAAUGAAACAAUAUAAUGAACAAUUAAAACAACAAUUAGAAUCAAUUAAAACAAAUACAAUUAAACAAAUUAAUGAAAUGGCUAAACAUAUAAAUAAUUUAACUGAAGAAUUACAAACAAUUCGAUUAAAUUCAUUAACAAAUCAUCAUUCUCAUAAUAGUUUUAAUAAAGAACAACAACAACAACAACAAUCAAAUUGUUUAUCACUUCAUUCAAAUGAUAAUCAAGUUAAGAAAACUACAUUAUUCAAUGUAUUGAGAAAAUGA